GGCCCAAUCUCUAGCAAAGAAGUCGACGAACUAAUCAAUUAAUUAAGUAAACACGAAGAAAAACAAGUCUACAAAUAUGCUUUGCACAAUAACACAUUGUUCCAGGCCAGUUUGAGGCUACACUUCUCGCGAUCAAGAAGUUCAUUAAUUGAUCUGUUACUGAGAAGGGAAGAGGACAAGCGAGCUGCAAACAUGAGUACGGAGGGCGACAACUCGAAGCAUGUCGUACCGAUUAUUGACAUGCAAGAUGUAGAGCAUUAUCGGAAACUCAGAGAAGCAGCCGAGGAAUGGGGUUGUUUUAGGGUCGUCAACCACAACAUCCCUGUGGGUCUCAUGACACAAAUGAAGAAGGUGGUGAGCGAAUUGUUUGAGCUUCCCACAGAAACCAAAAGGCACAACAUCGAUUUGAUUACGGGCAGCGGCUACUUGGCACCAAAUGUUGCCAAUCCUAAUUAUGAGUCCUUGGGCCUCCAUGACUUGGGUUCCCCUCAAAACUUGGGUGGCUUUUUUUCUCAGCUGGAUGCCUCUCCUCACCAAAGGGAGAUACUAGAGACGUAUGCUCAAGCAAUACACGAGCUGGCCCUUGAUUUGGGGAAAAAGUUGGCCAAAAGCAUGGGUUUGGUCACCGACUUGUUCAAAGAAUGGCCUUGCCAGCUUAGGAUGAACAAAUACCACUUCACUCCUGAAACCGUAGGCUCUUCAGGGGUACUGGUACACUCAGAUUGUGGGUUUCUAACAAUAGUUCAAGAUGAUGAAAAAGUUGGUGGUCUUGAAGCCAUGGACAAGUUUGGUGCAUUUGUACCAAUCCGUCCAUGGCCAGGCACCUUCCUUGUCAAUCUUGGGGACGUUGCUAAGCUAUGGAGUAAUGGAAGGUUUCGUAACGUGAAGCAUCGAGUAGAAUGCAAAGAAUCAAGUAUCCGAUUUUCAAUUGCCUCAUCUAUCUUAGGGCCGAAUGAGGGAGUAAUGGAAGCCCCACCUGAACUUGUGGACACUGAACACCCUCGUCUUUAUGCCCCGAUUACUUAUGAAGAUUAUAGGAAACUCAGACAAACGACAAAAUUGGCAACUGGUGAAGCCCUCGAGCUGCUGCGCACCCACUCUCGAUUCAUUUCAUACAUGGCGGCCUUUAUCUCCACCAUCUUUGUAUGUCAAGCUAGCUAUGUUAUGACCAUGCAGUCGGAAAGACAUUUUAUAAUAAUCUUCUAUUUGGCAUUUUAUUUGAUGAGAUUACAACAUUUUAAUUUGGUAAAAUUAACAACUUGGUUUCCCAGUACUAUAUAG